GCAGUUUGAAGCUGCGCCAUUUUGAGCAUUCGGCCACCGCGGGCGUGAUUGCGGGGAGGCUGGGCUCCCCUCGUUACUUGGCUUUCCGGGCUUCGUCUCCAUAGAUACAUGUAGAGACGUGUGUACAUUGACGUCUAGGCCGCAUCCAGCAUCCCAAGCGAACUUGCUAAGAUGAUGUUGAGAGGAAACCUAAAGCAAGUGCGUAUUGAGAAAAAUCCGGCUCGUCUUCGCGCCCUGGAGUCGGCGGCCGGAGAGAGCGAACCGGUAGCCGCGGCGGCCAUGGCGCUGACGCUGGCCGGCGAGCAGGCGCCGCCACCCGCACCUUCAGAGGAGCAUCCAGAUGAGGAGAUGGGUUUCACCAUCGACAUCAAGAGUUUUCUCAAGCCGGGCGAGAAGACGUACACGCAGCGCUGCCGCCUCUUCGUGGGUAACCUGCCCACCGACAUCACGGAGGAGGACUUCAAGCGGCUCUUUGAGCGCUACGGAGAGCCCAGCGAGGUCUUCAUCAACCGCGACCGAGGCUUCGGCUUCAUCCGCCUGGAAUCCAGAACACUGGCGGAAAUUGCAAAAGCAGAGUUGGAUGGCACCAUACUGAAGAGCAGACCUCUCCGUAUUCGCUUUGCUACACAUGGAGCUGCCCUAACGGUCAAGAACCUUUCUCCAGUUGUUUCCAAUGAGCUUCUAGAGCAAGCAUUUUCCCAGUUUGGUCCAGUAGAGAAAGCUGUUGUGGUUGUGGAUGAUCGUGGUAGAGCUACAGGAAAAGGUUUUGUAGAAUUUGCAGCGAAGCCUCCUGCACGAAAGGCUCUGGAGAGAUGUGGUGAUGGGGCGUUCUUGCUAACAACAACACCUCGUCCAGUCAUUGUAGAACCCAUGGAGCAAUUUGAUGAUGAAGAUGGUUUACCAGAGAAGCUAAUGCAGAAAACUCAACAGUACCAUAAGGAAAGAGAACAGCCACCACGGUUUGCUCAACCUGGGACAUUUGAAUUUGAAUAUGCAUCUCGAUGGAAGGCUCUUGAUGAAAUGGAAAAGCAGCAGCGUGAACAAGUUGAUAGAAACAUCAGAGAAGCCAAAGAGAAACUGGAGGCAGAGAUGGAAGCAGCUAGACACGAACACCAGUUAAUGCUAAUGAGGCAAGAUCUAAUGAGACGUCAAGAAGAACUCAGACGCUUGGAAGAACUCAGAAAUCAAGAAUUGCAGAAACGAAAGCAAAUACAACUGAGACAUGAAGAAGAACAUCGUCGUCGUGAAGAAGAAAUGAUCCGACACAGAGAGCAGGAGGAGCUGAGGCGACAGCAGGAGGGCUUUAAACCAAACUAUAUGGAAAAUAGAGAACAGGAAAUGAGAAUGGGUGAUAUGGGUCCCCGUGGAGCAAUAAACAUGGGAGAUGCAUUUAGCCCAGCACCUGCUGGUACCCAAGGGCCUCCUCCAAUGAUGGGUAUGAAUAUGAACAACAGAGGAACUAUUCCUGGCCCACCAAUGGGUCCUGGUCCCACCAUGGGACCAGAAGGAGCUGCAAAUAUGGGGACUCCAAUGAUACCAGAUAAUGGCGCAGUGCACAAUGAUAGGUUUCCCCAAGGACCUCCAUCCCAGAUGGGUUCACCUAUGGGAAAUAGAACAGGUUCUGAAACCCCUCAGGCACCCAUGAGUGGUGUAGGGCCUGUAAGUGGUGGUCCUGGUGGCUUUGGUAGAGGAAGUCAAGGGGGCAAUUUUGAAGGCCCUAAUAAGCGUCGGAGAUAUUAAAUAUUCUUUCAUUCCUGACUGUUUAGAAAAACAUUCAGUGGUAUGCCUUUAUAUCUUGUCUGUUACUUGGGAGAAAUGGUUUUACUGUUAAUGUACGUAGACUGAAGUUUUUCUUUUGUAAAACUUGUUUUUUUUUUUUUUUU